UAUUUCUACGAGUUCCUAUCGUUGCGCUCUUUGGAUAAAGGCAUAAUGGCUGAUCCAACUAUAAAUAUCCCUCUGCUUGGAACAGUUCCUCAUAAAGCAUCAGUUGUUCAGGUUGGAUUUCCUUGCCUUGGGAAACAAGAUGGGGUGGCUGCAUUUGAGGUGAAUGUGAUCAUAAUGAAUUCAGAAGGCAAUAUUAUACUCCAGACCCCUCAGAACGCCAUCUUCUUUAAAACCUGUCAGCAAGCGGAGUGUCCAGGAGGAUGCAGAAACGGAGGAUUUUGCAACGAAAGACAUGUCUGUGAAUGUCCAGAUGGAUUUUAUGGGCCUCACUGUGAGAAAGCGCUGUGUGCUCCUCGCUGCAUGAACGGUGGGCUCUGCAUUACACCCGGCCUCUGCAUCUGCCCCCCGGGGUUCUACGGCAUCAACUGUGACAAAGCAAACUGUACAACAACCUGUUUCAAUGGAGGAACAUGUUUCUAUCUGGGAAAAUGCAUUUGUCCUUCGGGCUAUGAAGGAGACCAGUGUGAAAUUAGUAAAUGCCAUCAGCCCUGUCGAAAUGGAGGCAAAUGUACUGGUAAGAAUAAAUGCAAGUGCUCCAAAGGAUACCAGGGAGACCUGUGUUCCAAGCCUGUCUGCGAACCCGGCUGUGGCCCGUACGGCAUCUGUGCUGAGCCCAACAAGUGCCAGUGCAAAGAAGGCUGGCACGGGAGACACUGCAAUAAAAGGUACGGAGCCAGCGGUCUGAGCGCCCUGAGGCCAGCAGGCAGCAAGCACAGGCAGCACACGCCUUCGCCAAAAAAGGCUGAGGAGAGGCAUGUUCCACCCGAAUCCAAUUAUAUCUGGUGAACUCCAACAUCUGAAACGGUUCAUGUUACACAAAGUUCAUAGCCUUCAUUAACCUCUCAUGGAUUGAAUGUUAAAACGCUGUUCAUUACAGUUAAGAUUACUGGCUGGAAUUUUAUUAGCUUCAUUAUAAACCACUGAGCUGAUAUUUACUAUUCCUUUUAAGUUUUAUAAAUACUUCUAUAGCAUGAUUAUAUAGGCUUCUUCUUUCAGUGCUUUGGAUGGUGUUUUGUACUAUACUUCAGUUAUGUUUAAACUUCCUUUUUUGAUUAUGUAGCUGCAAAUAUUUUCCAAAAAUUAAGUAACAAUAUUCAAGCAGAAAACCUCAUAGAUACUAACCUGAAUCAUUUCAGUGACUACAGAUUUAAUUUGCCUAAGACAAAAGAAAGGUGCCUUUUACAUUUUUGCUGUUGUGCAUUUAGACUUUUCCCUAAGAAAAAUAAAUAAAAUAAAUAAGUUACCUAAUUUAAAAACCGAAUAGCUCAAGACAAUGUUGGUUUUGGCCUUACAUUUUUGCAAAGUACUGUGUAUUAAAAAUACACAGCGGUGGUGCCAUUUAAGCAACAUAAGAUAUUGUAAACAAAGUAGAACUGUAAUGUAUGAACUUUCUGCAUCGGCUUGAAGCAAUAUAAUAUAUUGUAAACAAAACAGCUCUUAUGUAAUAAACUUUUUAUACUGACAGUUAUGUACAAAAUAAAGAAGCUGCUUUAGUUUUUCGA